AUCUGCUGUUAUCAUUCUUUAAACAAAAUUACAAAACUGAAUUCUCUGAAUUAUUUUUAAUGAAACUGCUGAGGAAAUGAAAAUUAAUUGUGUUUUAUCAAUCAUUUUAUUGAAUUUCUUUUUGCUGAUCAACUCUUGGAACUUACGAGCAUAAAGACUUGAAUUACUCUCAUUUAUACACCUUCUGAUGAGCUAGGGCAAUAAUCGCAUUUUCCGGCGAAUCAAUCAGAACAUUUUUGCACUACCUAUGUACUUUACGUGUUCUCAAAAUCAAGUGGCUUAUAGUGAUGGUUAAUGAGAUAGUAGUCAUAAUGGUUGCUGAUAGAUAAUUAUGACAAGUAGCACUUGGAAUUAGUUCCCGUUUUGUUUCUACGCCACUGCAGCUUCUAUUCAACGAUGAUUCUAAGAACUUUGAAAUCGAUUUGGAGAAAGCACGACUUUUUGAUAAUUUGUUCCUUUAUUGUGUUCGCUUUAACUGUUUACCAUAGAUUAGACAACAUCAAUUUUUAUGGCUUACCAAAACACAUUCCCUGCGACUCCACUCCAUACGUGAAUAAUCCCAAAAGAUUCGAGGGUAUAGUAAAUCGUCAAGCAGACGUGCCUCGCAUAGUACACUUAUUACGAUUUGGCAAAGAUGUCAACUGUUUCACGCAAGGAGAUUUGGACGCUAUUGUCACAAUCUUGGGAAAUUUCGAACCCCAUCAUAUUUACAUCCAUACCGACGAUGUGACUACCGUGAAAAACAUCAUCAAUUCAAUUUUCGUUAAAGAAGAUGUGAAGAAUAUAAUUGACGUAAAGUAUUACCCGAAGCCGAAACACGUGUUUGGUCUAAAUAUUAGCGAAACGUACAGACACAAGCAUAUGAUCGAUUUCACAAAAAUAAAAAUAUUAAGACGUUACGGAGGCAUAUUUUUAAACAACAACAUUCACAUCGUUCAAGACCCGGGUAAAUUUUUGCAAUUUGAGAUGACUGUUGUGGUGCGUUCGACUUCAGAUGUGGAUAAUCCUUUAGAACUUUUUGAUGAAGUUAUUAUCGCCCAUAGAGACGCCAGAUUUCUAGAACAGUGGCUAAAGUCGUAUCAUUUGUAUGAUCAAAAUGCCGAAAGCCAUGUUAAACGAGAUGUUAUGAAAAAUUUGCUCAAGAAAAAUACCAUGUACGUUCACAUAUUGGAUAAUGACAUUUCCAAACAGGUUGUUGCGAAUAGCGAAGAAUAUCACGCGAUGUUAUCGCCUAGAAAACGUCAUUUUAUUAAAAUUCAAAGCACCGAUGAUAGUUGUUUGGUAUAAAAAGGAAAAAUUCUGGUUUGAAAUUUGUCAUCUUGUUCCGAAAUCAAGAAAUUGAUGAUGAAAGUGCGAUAUUCCUCAUCCCACUUUGUUACACUUACUUUUUUUUCUCGAGAAUUUCACGAAAAAAGUUGAGUAUAAUUCGAAGGAGAUGAAAAUCGAUUUUGAAAAACCAGUAGUAUGGAAGAUGAAUCGUUUUCGAUAAAAGUGGACAUUUUGAUACCUGCAGAAUGUGUUCGUUGUUCAGUUGAUUGGAAAUGAUGUUACGUUUGGUGGUUCAAUAGCAAUGUUUCGUUUUCAAAAAUUGUAUCUAGUUUUUAGCUCACGUAGUCACGACUCAAUUGUUCAAAUUUAUUAUUUACCUACUUAUUUUAUAAGUUUUUUCUGUGUUUCAUUGUCUUUCAUGUUUUUUUACGAGUCAUAAUAAAUUCUUUCUGUUGA